AAAGUUCCUUAGAAAAACUGCGUAAUCUACGAACAGUCCUCGAGAUUGCACUUGCAAUAUGUAACUGCAAUUCUGAUUCACAUAGAACAUUGUCAGAUUUUGAUCCCAGACUGAGUGCAUAUCACAACUUGUUCUUGGCUAUCACAUUUUCAGUUGACCCAGUCCCACGAUCGAGAACGGAUCGUUCCUCGUUUUUUCCUUCACAAAACUCUUCGAACAUUCUAACUGAUAACGUGUACCUACAUUCUUUUUCUCUUUUUUUCUGUUGGGGUGUGGCCCUUAUUCCAAACUCAUGGCGCAUCGUCACAAAUCAGAGUGUCAGCCGAUCCACACGAUCCAGGACCUCUUGAAGUUCGACAGGGGCACGGUGAGUUGGCGCAACCUGGUGCUUCCGGUAACGCCUAGAUCCCGAUCCAGAUAUUUGGGCGAGCGCUACCAGCAGAUCGAUUUCAACUCCGGGAUCAUCGACUUCGUGGACGAUCGAACGAGACCACAGGUGCUGCUUUGUCAUGAUUUUAAAGGGAACUAUCUGGCUGAUCGGUUCAUCAACGGGACGACCGGGGAGCAGUGGGUUGACUAUCGGUUCUACAACUGGGCCGCCAUCGAUGUGUUCUGUUACUUUAGCCAUAACUUUGUGACCAUUCCGACGCUGCAGUGGCUGAACUGUGCCCACAAAAAUGGAGUUCGGGUUAUUGGGACCUUGAUUAUCGAGGGCGGCAACUCGGGGCUGCUGAAAGAUAUCCUGCAGUCGGAGGAGUUCUACCGGAAGGUGGCCGACGCGCUGGUCCAGGUCGCCAAGAUUUGCCAGUUUGAGGGAUGGCUGCUAAACAUCGAGACCACCUUGGACGGGGACAAGAUCCCGAUGUUGAAGGAUUUUGUAGCCUACCUGACGAAAAAAUCACACGAACAGAUCCCGGACAGUCAAAUCAUCUGGUACGACGCUAUCACCGAGAAAGGUCUCCUGAACUGGCAAAAUGAGCUGAACGCCCAGAACCAGGGCUUUUUUGCGGCCUGUGACGGGAUAUUCCUGAACUACACCUGGAACCGUCAGCUUCUGGAACGGACGGAAAACUUCAUUGCCAACUAUUUCCCGCAACGCAAGCUGGACGUUUACGUGGGCAUCGACGUGUUUGGACGGGGUCAGAAAGCCAAACUGGAUACCAACCAAACGCUGGGUAUCGUCAUGGAGCACAAGUUUUCGGUAGCCAUCUUCGCUCCCGGGUGGACUUUCGAAUCGCUGGAAGAAUCCAUGAGACGUGAUCAACUCGAUCCAGAUGCAUGCAAUGUUCGGUUCCUGAAGCUGAACGAUCGGUUCUGGAAUUUGCUGUGGAGAUACUUUUUUGUGCGAGGACCGGAACAGCUACCCUUCUAUACGUCGUUUUGUUUGGGGUCUGGAAAGUUAAGGAAACGGCUGGGUAAACUUAAGGAUCAAUCGUGGUUCAACCUGUCCCGGCAAGGAUUCCAACCGACGGUUCCCUACACGCCACCAAAGGAGUUCGAUCGGGAUCACCAUGGGCCAAACUACUGGACCCACAGCUUCGACACGGCGCUCGACGGUGGAUCCUGUCUGAAGCUACAGGAACCGCAUCCAGACUGUCGGUUGUUUGCCUGUAAUUUCCCAUGUGCCGGGGACCUGGUGGUGGCGUACGCAUUUCAACGAAGUAACGAAAACGUCGACGUCGAGUUGCUACUGAAAGCUUACAGCAUUCGUUACCACGAUUCGUUGAAGGUUGUCUGUGGUUCGGAGCAGUGCCACGUUAGCGAUCGAAACAACGAAAUGAAGGCUUUGCCGUUGGAUUCGAAGGACUUCGAAGUGCUGUCGGAUCUGAAGGUGGAACUGAAAUUGCCAGCCAUGGCCAGCAUCAACGAGUGGGAAAUAAGUCCUGGAAUCCUGAUUUUCAUCAAUAUGUUUACAGCUGAUCUCGCAAUACUCUCCAAACUUUCACCCAUAUGUUUCAGCUAUUCUGUCGACUUGUUGUUUGUUAUUUCAAACUGUUCUUUCAACCCACAUUAGAGCCGUUUCAAGCGGUCCUCCCAUGUCCCAACCAACAUUAAAUGAACCAAGGUUUUUUAACGGCUUUUUACAUUGUUUUUGGCUAUUAGAAAGAUUUUUAAGGCGGCGUGAGAUCUGUAACUCCUAGGUGCUUGAUUGUUUCAAUCCUUUCGAGGGAAUGGUUGCUCAUAAAGUAAUCAUAACGAAGUAAGUUGCGUGAUCUUGAGAAACUCACUAUUUUACAUUUUUCAACAUUCAUUAGCAUACCGUUUGUCAUGCACCAUCUCGUAACAGCGUUCAGAUCAUUCUGUAGUAAAAUAUAGUCUAGCGGUGACGUAAUUGACCGAAAAAGUUUCAAAUCAUCUGCGUAGAAUAGUUUAUAUAAAGUCAUUCGAUCGCACAAAUCGUUCACGAAAAGAAUGAAUAGUAACGGUCCAAGAUGACUACCUUGUGGUACACCAGACGGUAUUUCAAAAUUCGAAGAGCAGUAGGAGUUCACUCUGACAUAUGCUGUGCGGGAGUUUAAGUACGACGCAAACCAAGUUGUAAUCCAUUCAGGUAGUCCCAACCGUCGGAGUUUCUCUUGGCUUUAGAGAAAUCAAUGUAUACAACAUCUACCUGCUGACGUUUCUCGAUUUUUGGCAUCAAAAAAUUAGUAAAUGUCAUCAGGUUCGAGGUAGUUGAUCGUUUUUUCAUGAAACCGUGCUGGGCGUCCCUAAUCAAUUGUUUCACGGACGGGUAAACAGCAUCGUAUACUAAGGUCUCGAACACUUUCGCCAAACAGCUAAGAAUAGAAAUAGGACGAUAAUUUUCGACACUAUGAGUGCUUCCGUUCUUAUAAACCGGCGUAAUCGACGCCGUUUCCCACACUUGUGGGAACAUUCCAGAGGACAGAGAUAAGUUAAAAAAAAUUGUAAGAGGAAUCGCUAUGGCAGCUGCGCAGUUUUUUUACAAACAACGGGGGCAGAUUGUCAGGUCCAGGUCCUUUUGAAGCGUUCACUGCGAUCAAUGCAUCAUAGACUUCAGUGACAGAUAGUCUAAGAUUAGGAAUAUUUAGUUAUAUGGCGUAAAAAUGCAGAGGGUAGAUUCGAGGGUAAUUCGUUUUCAUUUUGGAAGACUGAUUGGAAAAAGUCGGCGAACAGAUUAGCACAAUCCUCGAAUGAUUCCGCAGUCCUGCCAGAGUAAGCGAUAUCAGCUGGGAUCCUCCUCGAAUUUUUUCGGCCUCGAACAAACGACCAAAAAGCGGCGGGAUUGGAUUUCAAUUCGUUUUGAGUGCGACUUAUAUACUCACAAAAAUGGAAUUCCUGGGCACGCUCGUACUCCUUUUCCACGUCCAAAAGGAUGGAUUUGUGCACGCUAGAUUUCGUAUGGAAGAAACGUUUACGUGCUUUCCGUAGGCGGUUACUGGCAGCCAUCACGUCCAAGGUAGCGUAUAUACUGUCGUAGAAAAAGGAAAUAGAAUCGUCGAUAUUCGAACAAGCUUGCAGUGUCGUCCAGUCUAUUGUUUCUAGAGCAGUGGUUAAAGCAUCGAAGUCACAGUGACGGAAGUCGUAUUGUUGUAAUUCAACACAUUCCGAUGAGCUGAAUGCAUAGCCAUUGUCAAAUUUUAAAAUAAACGGUGUAUGGUGCGAGUCAAUUCUUAAAAGAGCUGAUGGUGGAUUAAAGACGUCGAACGAGCAUAUGUCACUGACGAAAGCGAGAUCAAGUAGUUUGCCAUUAGCGUUACAGUUGUCGUUCAAUUGCAUUAAUCCAGAACCGAAAAUUUUUUCAGCUAGAACGCAUUCGGAUUCAGUUGAUGCGUUGUUCGGGAUGAGAGCGUCUACAUCUUCAUCGAAGGUCCAUAUGAGGUUCGGUAGAUUGUAGUCACCCAAUACCAGAAUGGAAUCCUCACUUCAAGCUUUAUCGAGUAUUUGUUGAAUGGCUUUGGCGUGUAGAUCGUAGAGGACAGGAUCACUAUUGGGACGCAGAUACACAACACACACAAAUAGCACCUGACGACCAAGUACGAUACGGACGACGACUUGUUCCAGUCUGUUGCAGUUGACUAGGUUGACGGAUUUGCAGACAAUUUCAUGUUUCACGGCUAUGAGGACUCCACCACCACGGCUCAGGCUGCUGGUUUCAGGAUUACGGUCGCAUCUAAAUACAGUAUAGUUGGAGGCAAAUUCGGCAUUGUUGAUGUUGGGGUGAAACCAGGUUUCGAUCAAAACAACUAUGUCAUAGUCGCACCGUUGUAGAGCGGAUUCCACGAACGUUUUGAUAGUAAAUCAGGAAUUCGCGUUGUUUGGCGUGAAUGCGCUGUUUGCUGUUCGGUUGAGUUGGCAGGAAAUCGGAUUGUAAAUUAGGCUGCUCAGCAGAGGUCAUCGCACAAUCUUAUUAUCAUAUCCGAUUUAUACCGACUUUAAUUAAUAGUUUUAACGAUCUUUUACUUAUUUGGUAGGAAUUGCGAUUCGCAUUAACAUUAUUAGCGACUUAUUCUAUCAUUUAUAAUACGAUUUCAUAUCUGGUCGGUUCCAUUGCUCUCUUGACUUAUUGAUUUUUUUUCUACUUUAAGUUGUCCUCUCUACACAAGUUUUCUUUAUUUUUUAGUAUUUUUUUCUAGUGCAUUCGAAAUUUCUGCGAAAAUGUUGUAGCUGUCGUUUUAAGUAGCUGUUUUUCUCUACAUUACAUUACACUGAGUUCAAUCCAGUUGUGGUGACUCUCACGAAUGUGUUUAAGCUGUCCCCUCACGCCACUUGAAAUGCUUAAAAAUGUUUUCUAGCAGGUCUCUCAGUUCGCUGUUUUUUCAAUUUUGAGCUUCAUCUCCAACUCACUUUUUAGUUGUCUCUAGCUGUUCUCUCAACUCAACCGAAUCGAAUUCUUUGGAAUGUCUUUCAGCUGUCCUCUCAACCCACUUAAAAUGCUCAAACAUAUUUUUCCUCUCAUUGUUCCAGUCAGCUUUUAUCUUGAUUCACAAUUUUUCUCAAUUCAUAGCUGUUCUCUCAAUCCUCUAACAUAUUUGUGUCAGCAGCUUUCAACUCACUUCUCACAUGACAAAAAUGUGAAAAAUAUAAGACAAAAAUGAAAUAUAAUGCCUACAAAAAAAUAACGUAUGUCUUAUACGUAUGUUUGCCACGAUAAAAUUGACAAAUAUGACAAAUUAUGUUUGGCAAUAUUUUGUCCUUCUUUUUAGUUUUGGUUUAAAUUUAUCAUUUUUGUUUUCCUUAUUAACAUGUUUAUCAAUUCUCACGAAUGUAUUAAAAUUAAAGUGUUAACAAUUAUUAUUUUCUAGAUUUUAUCUCGAUUCGCAAUUUUUUUCUCUCUUGUUUAAGCUUUCAUCUCAACUCACGUUUUAGUUAUUUCAAGCUGUCCUCUCAACCCACUUGAAAUUCUCUGGAAUGUAUUUCAGCUGCCCUCUCAAAAAUCUGUCUUGAAAAGCUUAAAAAAAUCUAGCUGUUCUCUGGAUUUAUUGUUUUUCUCUUUUAUAAUCUGUCAGCAGUCCAAAACUUUCCUCUCAAGCCUUUUAUAAAUCUUACUUAUGUAUGUGUCAGAUGUUCUCUAGACUCGCCAUUAUUUAUUUCAAGUUGUCCUCUCAAUCCUCAAUGAUGUUCUCAUACUUUUGUCAGGAUUCGUAGUUUUUCUUUAUUUCUAACUGUGUUCUCAACUUACCUACAAAUGCUCUAGUGUUAUUUUGAUUCACUAUGUUUUUUUUUACUUUAAGAUCUCAACUCGCUUUGUUACAUUUUCAAGGUGUCCUCUUUUUUCCCGUCAGAUACGGAUUUUGUACUUUUUACUAUCA